UUCUUCUUCUUCUUCUUCGUCUUGAUUUCUUAGAAACCCUAAAACUGCAAAUUCUAGCUUCGAUUUCACCAUUUUGCUCUUUCUAAUUAUUCGGUAAUGGAAUCUUAGGCUCUGCUCCUUAUUGAUUGUAAUUCGAAUUAGGGAUUUAGCUUUCAUCUGAGAUUGAAGAAGAUAAAAAAAAAAAUUGGUACUUUUUGGUUUUGAUGGCUUCAGAUCGAGGUUCUGCCGCAGCUGGUAAGACCUUUUGGAUGAAACAUGCGGAAGAUGCAAAAAUCAAGGACGAAGGAGAGAAAGACGCAGCAGCAAAAGCAGCUUUUGAAGCUACAUUCAAAGGUGCAGACCAAACUACACAUUUGAUUGAAGCUGUUGCACCGUCUACGGUGGUACCACAGGAGGAGGAAUCUGAUAGUGAUUCAGAUGACGAAUCUGAUUACUUGUCAAGGAAACCAAUUGGUCCCGUGGAUCCUAGCAAGUCCACGGCUUCUGGUGCUGGGAUUGGUGGUGGAACGGCUUGUGUGCCGUCUACCUUUGUUGUUGUAACGAAGGAUUCAGAUGGAAGAAAGGUUCCUAGUGGUGGAGCUUUGAUUAGAGUUAAAGUGUUUCCUGGUGUAGGUGUUGGUGGUACUGAUCAACAAGGAGUGGUUAAAGAUGUUGGAGAUGGGAGUUAUGCUGUUACUUAUGUUGUGCCUAAGAGAGGAAACUAUAUGGUUAACAUUGAAUGCAAUGGGAGUGCCAUCAUGGGAAGUCCCUUUCCUGUCUUCUUUAGCCAAGGGUCUUCUUCGACUGGACUGAUGGGUUCUGCUCCAGCUUCAUACUCGAAUCUUAUAAAUCAAACCAUGCCAAACAUGCCCAAUUACACAGGUUCUGUUUCGGGUGCAUUCCCGGGGUUGUUGGGAAUGGUUCCAGGCAUUUCCUCUGGUCCUUCUGGUGGUGCUAUUUUGCCUGGAGUUGGAGCUUCGCUUGGGGAAGUCUGUCGGGAAUACCUUAAUGGUAGAUGUGUAAACACUAUGUGCAAGUUAAACCACCCUCCUCAGAAUUUGCUGAUGACUGCUAUAGCUGCAACGACAAGUAUGGGUAACCUAAGUCAGGUGCCUAUGGCUCCUUCUGCUGCAGCAAUGGCUGCUGCACAGGCUAUUGUUGCCGCACAAGCCCUUCAAGCUCAUGCUUCUCAGAUGCAAGCACAUGCUCAAUCAAACAAGGGAUCUUUAGCUUCUGAUUUAGGUUCCCCAGAAAAAGGAGAGAAGGGGGACUCGUUGAAGAAAUUUCUCCAAGUUAGCAACCUAAGUCCAUCGCUUACAACUGAACAACUUAGGCAGCUAUUUAGCUUCUGUGGCACAGUAGUUGACUGUAGUAUAACUGACUCAAAGCAACUUGCCUACAUAGAAUACUCAAAUUCCGAAGAAGCAACCGCUGCUUUGGCAUUAAACAAUACAGAAGUCUUUGGUAGACCAUUGAAUGUUGAGAUUGCAAAAUCACUUCCUCAGAAACCAUCUUCAAAUAGUUCUUCGUCCUCACUACCAAUGAUGAUGCAACAGGCCGUCGCUAUGCAGCAGAUGCAAUUCCAACAGGCUAUACUAAUGCAACAAGCCGUGGCUACUCAGCAGGCAGCAAAUAGAGCUGCCACCAUGAAGUCUGCCACCGAGCUUGCAGCAGCCAGAGCCGCAGAGAUAAGUAGGAAACUGCGACCUGAUGGAGUUGGAAAUGAUGAAAAAGAAGCUGAUCAGAAGUCUAGGUCACCAUCUAACUCUCCUGCAAGGUCGAGAUCAAAGUCAAAAUCACCAAUUAGUUACAGGCGAAGACGGAGAUCUCCGUCCUAUUCACCACCGUUUCGUCGCCCAAGAAGUCAGAGAUCGAGAUCACCAUUAAGAUACCACCGCCGAUCAACUUAUGAGGGGAGAAGGCGGUCAUAUAGAGAUUCUAGGGAUAUUUCUGAAAGUAGGAGAUACGGUAGAUCAGAUGAACACCAUUCUUCCAGUUUAAGGAGAAGUAGGAGUGUAAGUCCCAAAAAGAGAAAAUCUGGAAAAGAAGAUUCAGAGCUGUCAAGACACCGACGUGAUAGCUCCUCACGUGGAGAUAAGAAAUCAUCUCGUGCUGGUUCACGAUCACCGAGGCGAUAUAAGGAAGUUAAGUCAACCCCAAGAGAUGGUGAAGAAAACAAAAUCAAACGUAGAUCACGUUCAAGAUCUAGAUCAGUGGAAGAUUCUGCAGAUAUGAAGGAUGAAGCUAGAGAUGAGGAAUUAAAACAUCAAAAAAAGCGUUCGAGGUCAAGAUCUCGUGAAGGUAGGAGUAAAACCAAAGACACAUCUCGAAAUUCUGAUGAAACUAAACGGAAACACAGGGGGAGGACUAGGUCCAAAUCAUUGGAAAACGACAAUGGUUCUCAUGAGAAUGUUGAUGUUGCUCAAGACGAUAAUCUGAAUUCCCGUCACAGUAGGCGCAGGUCAAAAUCAUUGGAUGAGGACUAUGAUAUGAAAGAGAGGAGGGGAAGGUCAAGGUCUAGAUCAUUGGAAACGAAAAACAGGUCUUUUGGGAAAGAUAAGCUGGAUGAAGACAGAAACACAGGAUCACGUCGAAGGAGGUCCAGGUCAAAAUCAGUGGAAGGUAAGCGUAGUUAUAAUAAGGAGACUCGAAGCAGGGACAAAAAGUCCAAGCAUCGUAGUGGAAGACGGUCAAGGUCACCAUCAUCUGAGGGUAAGCAAGGGAGAGAUAUCAGGUCAUCCCCUGGAUAUUCGGAUGAAAGAAAAUCAAGACAUAAGCGGCACUCGAGGUCAAGAUCGAUAGAGAAAAAGAACAGUUCAAGAGGAAAAAGGUCAAAACGUCAUGAGAGAUUGCGGUCAUCAUCUCCUAGAGGCGACAAAAGACGGGAAGAUAGGUCAUUAUCUCCUGUUAGUUCAGAAGAUCAUAAGAUCAAGAAAAGACACUCUGGAUCAAAAUCUGUGAAAGAGAAACCUCACUCAGAUUAUGAGAAAGUUGACGAUGGAGAUGCUAAUUCAGAUUCUAGUCCGCUGGAAAGGAACAUUGAAGGUAUUUUAUCGCCACUGGAUUCGAUGUCAUCACAGGAUGUGGAGAAGUCAAAAGAGAAUCCACCAGUUAGCAGCUCAGUGGAAACAUGGGAUGCAAAUGAUGAUGAGAAGAUUAAGAUUGAGGAGAAAAGGAUAAUUCUCAAGUCAUAGGACGAUCUGGCCUCUUUACGUAAAAGGUUCGAUGUUGCAGCAAGCCCGUGAACUCCAUUCCAAUGAAUCCUCCCAGAAGAGUACCAAGAACCAACUCGACUCCACAACUUAACGUUUCAAAUCUGGAGAGUUUGUGCGGGUUUUUCUUUCAUUUCGAUAUUUCGAUCUCCUUAAAUGUGUUCUUGGUUUGUCGUCAGCAACUCUUUGUUGUAAUACUUUGGCAUUUUCUGCCACGGUCUAUCGCAUCUAAUGCUGGAGCUUGCUGUUUAAUGCUUAUGGAAGAUCAAAAUAUUUAUUACUU